AUGAAGCAACCGGAAGGUUUUGAGGAGAAAGGGAAGCAAAAUCAUGCGUGUCAUCUUUUAAAGUACUUGUAUGGCUUGAAGCAAUCUCCAAGGAAAUGGUAUAAACGAUUUGAAUCAUUCAUGUUGGCACAUGAUUUCAGAAGGAGCUCUUAUGAUAGUUGUGUCUAUUACAAAGAACUUUUGUUGGCAAGUGAGUUUGAUAUGGAAGAUCUUGGUGAAGCCAAGAAGAUUCUUGGUGUGGAGAUCAUUCGUGAUAGUAAUGCGGGUGUUUUGUAUCUUAUUCAAAGGAGAUACAUUGAGAAGGUUCUUGAGCGCUUAUCCAUGGCCUUCCUAGAAGAAUUCUUUCCACCCACCAAGACUGCUGAAAUAAGGCAUAAGCUGACUACAUUCACUCAAGAACCUGGUGAAUCACUUCGAGAAGCCUGGGAUAGAUUCAAGGCUUUGCAGCGGUCGUGUUAUGAUUUUCUUGCCAAUGUAGCUGCCAACCAUUACAGCACCACCAGAUCCACAUCUAAGAAGGGAAAAUUGGAUGUCGAUGCUUAUGAUCUAUUGUCCUCACAAGUGGCAGCCUUGAACCUGAAGAUCGAUUCUUUGAAGGCUCCUCAGUCUAGUACUCCCCCAAUGAGUAUUAAUGCUAUGUCUAGUGUAGCUCCAGUGACAACUUCUUACUGCGAAGUAUGUGGAAUCCAAGGUCACUUUGGUCAUGAGUGCUCUUAUAGUUUACAAGAUACUACGCAAUUGGAGCAACAACAAUGGUCGCAACCACAGUUCCAUCCACCUCAACCACAUGUUGCUAGGCCUCCAUUUCAACAAGGAGCCUCACAUAAUGCUCCCCCGGGGUUUAAUAGGCCCCCGCAUCAAGGAUAUCAACAACCCCCUCAGAGCAGUGCUACUCCAGAGCCUAACAUGGGUGAUCUGUAUAAGCUCAUUGCAAAUAUGCAGAAGACCGCAGAGAUAGCUCAAAAGAACCAUGAUGAGAGCAUCAAAGAGUUGAAGAAUCAGAAUAGAAUGUUGGAGAAUCAAGUUGCUCAACUUGCUGACACUCUAUCUCAAAGGCAACCGGGUACACUACCAGGGCAACCUACUCCGCCCCAGAACAGAGAAAGUGCCAAUGCUAUCACUCUUAGAAGUGGCACUAAAUAUAAUGGACCCCCGAUGCCCACUGAUGAUGCAACUCUUGCUAAGGAGAACACAGAUGGACCAGGGAAAGCAAUUGAUGCAGAGCCUCAAGUCCUGGAAGUUGGUAAUGCUGAUGAUGUUGGUGCAAAUAAGGGGAAAGAGAAGAAUUCUGAUUCUCUCCCUAUUGUGCCUAAGUUACCUUUCCCUCACCGGAUGCAGAAAACUAAGGUCGAUCAACAGCUUGGUAAGUUCUUGGCAAUGGUCAAGAAUCUUGAGGUAACGGUCCCUUUUACUGAUUUAAUAUCUCAAGUUCCUGUUUAUGCAAAAUUUUUGAAAGAGAUGAUCACUAAGAAAAGGGAUUAUGGUGGUGUGGAGAGAGUCGCUCUAACUGAAGAGUGUGCAAGUGUGUCUGUCAUGCCCCUUUCUGUCUGUAAUAGGUUGAAUAUGGGAAAACUAAAAUGCACACAAAUCACUUUGCAAAUGGCAGAUCGUUCUAUAAAAUAUCCUUUAGGUAUUUUGGAGGAUGUUCCUGUCCGGGUGGGAAAAUUCUACAUUCCUGUUGAUUUUGUGGUGCUAGAUAUGGAGGAGGAUAGUCAAAUCCCCAUAAUUUUGGGUAGGCCAUUUUUAUGUACUGCAGGUGCUGUUAUUGAUGUCAAGUCUGGGUCUCUUACUUUGAGUGUUGGUGAUGAUACUGUUACUUUUAAUCUAACCAAUGCUGUGAAGUCUCCUAUGCUUGAGAAUACUUGUUGCAGGAUUGAUAUUGCAGAAGAGAUUUCUCUAGACAACAUUCCUAGAAUGUUGUAUGAUGAUCUAUUGCUGGCGACUCUCACCUUGGAAGCCCAUAAAGGAGAAGGAGAUUGUGAGAUUGAUUCCUUGAUCUCGGAUUUAGAUGGAAUUGAAGUUGAGAAGGUCGAUGGUUUUGAGGUAUUGGCAACUGUUUGCUCUAUUUCCGAGCCACAGGUAACGAAGGUAGAACUAAAACCAUUACCAUCUCACCUUAAAUAUGCAUUUCUUGAUGAUAAUGAGGAUUUUCCUGUGAUCGUUAAUGCUGCACUCGACGAUAGCCAGCUUUCUAAGCUUCUGACCGUGCUAUGUAUGCACAAAAAGGCAAUCGGGUAUAGCAUUGACGAUCUCAAGGGCAUUAGUCCUGACUUUUGUAUGCAUAGAAUUAACUUGGAAGCAGAUCACCGCCCUCGCAUACAGCCACAAUGUCGUUUGAAUCUUAAUAUGCAAGAUGUGGUGAGAAAAGAGGUAGUGAAACUACUUGAUGCGGGCAUCAUCUAUCCCAUUUCAGAUUCUAAAUGGGUGAGCCCGGUGCAAGUCGUUCCUAAGAAGGGGGGGACAACGGUCGUUAAGAAUGAUAAGGAUGAGCUUAUCCCCACUCGUGUUGUCACAGACGACCAGGAGAAGACGACGUUCACCUGUCCAUAUGGAACUUUUGCAUACCGCAGAAUGCCGUUUGGUUUGUGCAACGCCCCUGCUACAUUUCAAAGGUGUAUGAUGGCCAUUUUAUCUGACUUCAUCGAGGAUAUCAUGGAGGUAUUUAUGGAUGAUUUUAGUGUUUAUGGUUCUGACUUUGAUGUAUGUUUGCAUAAUCUUUCUAAAGUACUUAAACGUUGUUCUGAAGUGAAUUUGGUAUUGAACUGGGAAAAGUGCCACUUUAUGGUCAAUGAAGGAGUGGUACUUGGUCACCUUAUUUCUGAGCGUGGCAUCCAAGUUGACCGAGCAAAAAUUGAGGUGAUCGAGAAACUUCCCCCUCCCGUGAAUGUCAAGGGGGUGAGGAGUUUUCUCGGUCAUGCGGGUUUCUAUCGCCGUUUCAUAAAAGAUUUUUCUAAAAUUGCGAAGCCCCUCACUCAAUUACUGCUCAAGGAUGCCACAUUUGAGUUCACUGAUGCUUGUUUGGAGUCUUUUGACAGGAUCAAGAAAGCAUUGAUAACUGCUCCGAUCAUUCAGCCUCCGGAUUGGGAUUUGCCGUUCGAAAUUAUGUGUGAUGCGAGUGAUUAUGCUGUUGGAGCAGUGCUUGGCCAAAGAAAGAACAAGGAGUUUGAUUUGGAGAUUCGGGAUAAGAAGGGUGCUGAGAAUGUUGUUGCAGAUCAUCUCUCUCGGUUGAAAUUUCAAUCUAGCACAGACGGGCCUAUCAAUGAUUCUUUUCCUGACGAUCAUCUAUUCUCUGUGUCUACUCAAUCCCCAUGGUAUGCGGACUUUGCAAACUAUUGUGUUGGUGGCUCCCAUCCUCUGGAGUUGACAUAUCAACAACGUAAGAGAUUCUACCAUGAUGCUAAGCGGUAUUUUUGGGAUGAUCCACAUUUGUAUCGGAAGUGUGCCGAUGGUAUGUUUCGUAGGUGUGUAGCGGAUUGGGAUACCCAAGGGGUUCUUAAGCAUUGCCACAGUUUACCUUCUAGUGGCCAUCUUGGUGCUAUUCCGACCGCCCAUCGAACUCUUCAAAGUGGUUUCUAUUGGCCUUCUAUAUUCAAGGAUGCUCGUUUCUUUUGCAAUGCAUGUGAUGAAUGUCAACGGACGGGCAACGUUUCGAAAAGGCAAGAGCUACCACAGACCGGAAUUCUUGAAGUUGAGCCAUUUGAUGUAUGGGGCAUUGAUUUUAUGGGACCGUUCCCUUCUUCAUGUGGGAAUCGGUACAUCUUGGUUGCCGUUGAUUACGUUACAAAGUGGGUGGAAGCUAUUGCAUCGCCAACCAACGACUCUAACGUCGUUAAGAAGCUUUUCAAGAAAAUCAUCUUUCCGCGCUUUGGAGUCCCAAGGGUCAUGAUUAGUGAUGGGGGUUCCCAUUUUCAUCAAAGGACUUUUAAGGCUCUUCUGAAGAAGCACGGAGUUACUCAAAAGGUUGGCAUGGCUUAUCAUCCUCAAACGAGUGGCCAAGUUGAAGUUUCUAAUCGACAGAUCAAGAGAAUUCUCGAAAAAGUGGUCAACAAGUCUCGAAAAGAUUGGUCGUUGAAGUUGGAUGACACAUUGUGGGCGUUGCGCACGGCCUACAAGACUCCGUUGGGGACAACUCCGUAUAGGUUGGUGUAUGGCAAAGCUUGUCAUUUACCAGUUGAAAUGGAAUAUCUCUCUACUUGGGCCGUCAAGGAGAUCAAUAUGGAUUUAGAAGCGGCCGGUGAAGCGAGACUUCUUCAAUUGAAUGAGCUAGAUGAACUACGGUUUGAAGCUUAUGAGAAUCAUAAGCUCUAUAAGGAGCAAACGAAGAAGUUUCAUGAUAAGAUGAUUCAAAAACGGGAGUUCAACAUCGGUGAUAAGGUCUUGCUUUAUAAUUCACGACUACGGCUUUUUCCAGGAAAGCUUAAGUCUAGAUGGUCCGGACCUUUUACUAUCACCGAAGUCAAGGAACAUGGAGCUAUUGAGGUUGCUAGUGAAAAUGGCACCAAGUUCAAAGUGAACGGUCAACGUUUGAAGCUAUACACUGAAGGAGCGUUUAUUGGAAAAUUGGAGACGAUCUAUCUCUCCGAUCCACCCACCGACGCUUGA